AAAUUCAUCAUAACCUCCAAAAAUAUCAAUACAAAGGGAAGUAUGAUUAUAUAGUAAUAUAGAGCUUGCAAUGACUGUGUUUGUGGCAACAAUCGCCUGCACUGACUGUAAGUGAUGUAGGCGAGCGAAGGUUCGCUGGUAAAAAGAAAGUAGUUUCCCGAACCCUGCUCGCGCCGCUACAUAGCUGAAGGACGACUUCUCUCUCCUCGAUGGGUAUGUAGGCCGUGAUAGUGUCGUAGGCUGACCUGGCUUCUGUCUGCAUCUCUCCGCGCUCAUCUGACAGGUUUCAAACGCAAUUAGUAUUUCAAGGAGAAAAUUCAGGAUAUUAUCAGCAAAAUGAGGGAUGGAAACUUAUUGAAGAGGCUAUCAACCAGACUCCUGCAGAGCUCAAAAACCACCAAUAGCCCCACACGAUUAAAAUCGUCAGCCGUGGAAGACUGGACAGCUGUGGAAGAUGAGUACCUGAGUGCCCGCCCCUACACUGAGGUGCCCGGCCCUGCACCGCUUCCUCUGCUGGGAAACUCUUGGCGAUUCAUCCCUCUCAUCGGAGAUUACCGGAUAGAAAACAUUGACCAGGUGUGUUGGCGACUACAUCGGAGGUACGGAAACAUCGUCAAGUUGGCAGGCCUGCUGGGACGACCCGACAUGGUGUUUGUAUUUGAUGCAGAUGAGAUAGAGCGUGUGUUCCGUAGCGAGGAGCUCAUGCCUCAUCGUCCGUCCAUGCCUUCCCUCAACUACUACAAGCAUGUCUUGCGUAAAGACUUCUUCGGCAAGGAUGCUGGAGUCAUUGCUGUCCACGGAGAGCAGUGGUACAGAUUCCGGAGCAAAGUUCAGCAGCCAAUGCUACAGCCCAGAACAGCAAAACUCUACAUUCAGCCCAUUGAAGAGACAGCUGAAGCCUUCAUCGAAAGGGUUCGAUUAAUAAGAAACUCAGAUCAAGAAGUUCCAAAUGAUUUCCUGAAUGAAAUUCAUAAAUGGUCUCUGGAAUCAAUAGCGCGGGUGGCACUGGACGCUAGGCUGGGGUGCCUGGACGACUCAUCCUCUCUGCAGGCCGAGACCCAAGCCCUCAUCGAUGCGAUCAACACUUUCUUCCACAAUGUCGGUGUCCUCGAGCUCAAGAUACCCUUCUGGCGAGUGUUCAAUACUCCAACCUGGCGGAAGUACAUCGGAGCCCUUGACACAAUUACUAACAUAACAAUGAAACACAUAACUGCAGCUAUGGAGAGGCUGCAGCACCAAGGCAAUGUUGAGUGCACUGCACAGUCAUCUCUACUGGAGAGAGUCCUGGCACUACAACCUGACAAUCCUAGACUGGCCUGCAUCUUGGCUCUGGACAUGAUUCUUGUUGGCGUCGAUACAACGUCGGCUGCCGUAGCGUCUAUUCUGUAUAUGCUCAGUCUACAUCCUGACAAACAGCAACGCUUGUAUGCGGAGGUGAGCGAGGCCCUGCCCCCUGGCACCAACCUCACAGCCGAGAGACUGGAGCAGAUGCCUUACCUGCGAGCUGUAAUCAAGGAAACAUUAAGAAUGUAUCCAGUGGUCAUCGGCAAUGGGAGAUGUAUGACUCGAGAUUCUGUUGUAGCUGGAUACCAAAUACCCAAAGGGACACAAAUAGUAUUUCAGCAUUACGUAAUAAGCAAUUCGGAGCGUUACUUUUCUGAGCCUGCAAAGUUCUUGCCAGAGCGAUGGCUGAGACCAAACCGAGUGCAGUGCCACCCCUUCGCUUCACUUCCCUUCGGCUACGGGCGGAGAAUGUGCUUGGGCCGCAGGUUCGCAGACUUGGAGUUACAGACCAUCGUAGCAAAGAUGAUCCGAGCAUUCCAAAUAGAGUAUCACCACAAGAAGUUGGGUUACAGCAUUCAUCCUAUGUACAUGCCAGAUGGCCCUCUCAGAUUCAAAAUGGUGGACCGAAUAUGAAAUGUUUUAAUAUACUGUACUUUCAUGUACC